AAUGAUGACAUGGCAACAAUAUCAUCCCAGGAAGCUAACGGCAACAGUAGAGAGGCUUGAUUUUGGUCGGUGUCAAAACCCUCCACUUUAAAUGAAUCAAGUCCUACUUUUAAACUAACUUCCCUAAUGAAAUCCCCAAAAUCAACACCUCUUUUCUUGAACUUGUUCUAGGAAGCUACUUCAUUAGGGAGUUUGAACAGAAAAUAACUCUUUCCAAAUUGGAUCCGGAAGUCGAAUCUCUUGCCGAUCCCAAAUUUGACCUUGCUCACUUGCAAUUUGGAGAAGUUAUGUCGGUCGAAAUCCCACUUUUGACUCGACGCAAUACCCUUCAACUCGCCCUGAUAAAACAAAGAAGUUGAGAUCAAAGGAGGAGGAGGAGGGGGAGGAUGGGUACGUGAUGGGUUACCAGAAGGAGAAAGAAAGGGAGAUGUGUACCUGUAGGAUUUGGGUGUUGUUUAGUCGGAGAGGAAUGGAUGUAGUGGUGAGGAAUGGGGAGAAGACGAAGAUAAGGAGAGGAAAAAGGAAAAGGGAGGAUGGGUACGUGAUGGGUUACCAGAAGGAGGGAGAAAGGGAGAAAGGGAGAUGCGUUCCUGCAGGAUUUGGGUGUUGUUUAGUCGAAGAGGAAUGGAUGUGAUGGUGAGUAAUAGGGAGAAGAUGAAGAUAAGGAGAGGAUAGAGGAAAAGGGAGGAUGUCAUUGUGCCGAAGAUAAACAUCAAUGUUAAUG